UUGAAAAAAUAUGUAGAUUACAUUUUUGUGCCAAAACUAUUACUCCGAUUUUCUAACACAUCACCAUCGUUUUGCAUUUCUGCAAACGCAUUGAACUGUCAAAAUAUUGACGUAAUAAAUUUGUGGUCCAUAUUCAUUUCCCCAGUCGAGUUCAGUAAUUUUUCUAUUUGUUGCAAUUCUGCAAAAAUUCCAAAAAAAAAAUUAGAAAAACAAAUAAGUAUCAUGAAAUAAUAAAAUUCGAAGUUAAUAAAUAAAUUGCGGCACGUCGAGUUCAAGUGCGAAUGCGUGUGUAGCUGCAAUUAUUCGUACAAGCAAAGGGGCGGGAGUGCAAAGAUAAUCUCGUGAAAUAGAACAAUAAAACAGAGGGGCUGUAAGUGCCGCGCAAACUUCGACAGUAAAAGAAAUUUCUAACUCAGAGGCGCUUUGUGUAUCCAAUUAGAUUUCAAAGGUUAUAAAAUUGUAAACACGCAAAUUUCAAUUGAUAACCAAUCGAUUAAACUGUCACUCGGGAGCAAUUGUGCAGUCUUGUGCCGUGAAUUGUAGUAUUGCAAACGUAACGCAGUUAGCUUUAGCUCUCAACGUACUGCUUUGCCGGCCCAAGAAAUGUGCGAUUCCGAUGCCAGCAAAGUACAAAAGUGGACAUGCGACUAUUGCACCUAUGAGAAUUUUCCCUCGUCACUAAAAUGCACUAUGUGCAAAGGUUCGAAACCGCUGUUGAAUGAGGAUAUAUUUAGGCUCAGUCCUCCACAAACAGCAUUCGAUGGUGACGAAGAGCGUGGCGCUACCGCCGAUGUGGUGGAAGCUUCUAGCCUUAAUGCUUGCUAUGCACAAUCGCGGCAAGACGUACCUUCCACCUUACCUGCUACUGCCUCUCCUUCUGGUUGCGCCAAGUGGGCCUGCAAAAUGUGCACCUAUUUAAAUUGGCCAAGAAGUUUACGCUGUGUACAAUGUUGUACCAAACGUGGUACUACUGUUGAUGUCAACGUGGAUCAACAGGUUUGCAAUAGUGGUGAAGCCGCCGCAGUUUCUUUAACGACAAGUGGAAACUUAGACGCAAUUGAGGGUCCGCAAGGAUACAUGGAUAAAAGAUCAAAGACGGGGGAGGGCAGCGAAACAACUGUUAAUAAUAUUGCGAACCCUAAUACAAUUUCGUCGAACAAUAUUAAAGAUCAGUUAAAAGCUUUACGUAUCACUAAUGAUAUGGAAUUGAAUAGUAGUAAUAUUGCGGAAGCGCAAAGGAAUGAAGCAAGCAGUCAUACAUCGCAAAUUAACAAAAAAUCGAGCAAUAGCUAUAUUCAAUCUAUAGGCGCUGCUUCGAAUAGACUAAGCCCAUUUGAACAGUCGUCCACUACUAAUAUGAUUACCGCCACAACUACUACAACCGUUAACACAACUCACUUAAAUAAUCUUGCUAAUACGUCACAGCAGCAACAACAACAACAGCAACACAAUCAAUCGUCCACGCCUCUGCAGAACUGUUAUGUAUCCAAAUGGGCCUGUAAUACAUGUACUUAUGAAAAUUGGCCAAAAAGUCUUAAAUGUUCCAUGUGUGGUGAGCCGCGUGAUGGAAACGCGACCAGCAUAGCUUCUUUGGGGGAUAGCAACGCUAUCACCGCAACAUCCGGGUCAUGCAGCAACAAAUUCCUCAAUGUGAAGGAUGAAAACCACGACAUGACUGUGUCAACGAAUAAUACAUUCAACAAGAAACAUAUUUACCAACUAGGUUCUUCUGAGACUAUAAACAACUGUGAUACCGUACAAGAGCGCCAAGAGCGGCGUCAGCGACAAAUACGGCGGCAGGUCGACUGGCAAUGGCUUAAUGCAUGCCUUGGCGUUGUGGAGAACAACUAUAGCGCUGUAGAGGCGUAUUUGUCAUGUGGCGGCAAUCCUGCGCGUGCUUUAACCGCGACUGAAAUUGCUAUUUUAAAUCGCAACUCGGCAUUCGAUGUGGGACAUACGCUAAUUCAUUUGGCGAUCCGUUUUCAUAGAGAAGAGAUGUUGCCCAUGCUGCUUGCACAGAUCUCAGGCUCUGGGCCUGGCAUUAAGCGUGUGCCCUCCUAUGUCGCACCGGACUUAGCCGCUGAUAUACGAAGGCACUUUGCCAAUACGCUACGCAUGCGUAAAACCUCCUUCAAUUGUUUCUACGUGCAGGAGCAUGCGACAUUUGCUUUACCAGCAGAAAUAGAAGAAUUGCCGAUUCAAAUUCAAGAACAGCUUUAUGAUGAACUGUUGGAUCGUGAUGCACAAAAACAGCUUGAAAACCCUCCCCCAGCACUUAAUUGGUCGCUGGAGAUAACAGCACGUUUGGGAUCGCGUUUAUUGGUGUUGUGGAAUCGCAGUGCCGGCGACUGUCUGUUAGACUCGGCAAUGCAAGCAACUUGGGGCGUAUUCGACCGCGACAACACACUUCGUCGAGCCUUGGCGGAUACGUUGCAUCAAUGUGGUCCGAUCUUUUAUCCACGUUGGAAGGAAUACGAAAAGUGGCAGGCAUCAAUGUUGCAUUUCACGCUGGAAGAUGCCCAAUGGCAAGAUGACUGGAGUAAUUUGCUAUCGUUAGCCAGCCAACCGGGUUCCUCACUGGAACAGUUACACAUAUUUGCUCUGGCUCAUAUAUUGCGACGACCAAUUAUAGUUUACGGUGUGAAAUAUGUUAAAAGUUUUCGCGGCGAGGAUAUUGGCUAUGCGAGAUUUGAAGGUCUGUACUUGCCUUUAUUUUGGGAUCAAAAUUUCUGCAUAAAAUCACCCAUUGCGCUCGGCUAUACGCGCGGACAUUUCAGUGCAUUAGUGCCAAUGGAACCAUUUGCUCGUAUCGACCCACGCAGAGAUGAACCAGAGGACGUGCGUUAUCUGCCAUUGAUGGAUUGCGAAUCGAAACUUUUGCCAAUACACUUCUUGACUCAAGCAGAGAUGGGACGCGAAGAGGCUAUAAUGAGACAGUGGUUGGAUGUAUGCGUUACAGAUGGAGGUCUACUGGUGGCGCAGCAGAAAUUGCGCAAACGACCGCUGUUGGUCGCACAAAUGCUGGAAGAAUGGCUAAACCACUAUCGAAGAAUCGCUCAAGUUAUAACGGCACCCUUUGUACGGAGACCGCAGCAAACCGGCUAUUCAAGUGAGGGUGACUCUGAUGAAGAAUAGGUACGAGCAGAAUCUAGUUGCAGUUCUUCUUGGGGACAGCGCUCGCGGCGGUAGCAUUAAGACACAUAACAGACAACAAAUAUGGUCGUGGCGUAUACUUGAUAACCGAAUCCCAAAACAUAAAUUGAAUACAUAUAUAUAUAUAUAUAAUUACUGAAAUGAAAUAACUAAAAGUAUGGAUACCUAGAAAACUUGCAUAACGUUAUAUUGAUUACAAAAUUUAAAGCAUAUUUUACGUAGAUAAUGGAUAUUAAAGAACUAACGUAUUCGUUGGUUCAUACGAUAUAUACAUAAAUAUAGCAAGAAAAAAACUACAAAAAAUAGCAAAUAAUUAAAAAUCAUAUCCGUUUCCAAUUCAACAGAAAUCGUUGAUUUUAGUAAAGAAGCUGAGAAUUUAAUCUAAGGGAAGCAUAAAUAUAAACAAACAAUAAUGUUUAUAACAGAGAUCACACCAACUCGUAGAUGUGUAAAAUAUUAAAUCGUUAAACUGAAAGGAAAAGUCAAAAGACAAAGCGAAUAAGGGAUUAUAAGGAGAAAAACGAUAGCGUCUGAAACUCUGAUUAAAACAAUUUUCAGAUAUGCAAAGGCAUUGAAAAACAUGAAUGUUUUGAGUCUCAAGUAAAUUUAAAAAAGCAAACUGCAAAAAAAAAAAAAUUAAUAAUAAGAAUAUGUAUUUACAAAAUCAAAUGAAUGUAAAAUAUGUAAUACUUGAAACUAGAUAAUAUUUUAUUGUAAUGAGUUUCUUUUUGCUGGCCGACACAAUUUGUCGGACCAAUUUUACCAGUAAUUGUCGGUAAUUAAAAAAAUACAUUUAUAUUAAAAAAAAAAAGAAAAA